AUGCCUGCGGAUUACAACUCAACCGCCCAGGCUCUCGCCCUGUCUCCAGACCGUGGCUCAUCUCCCUCGCCAAGCCGUCCUCCCUGGUCUACGACGUCCUCGAGCCGCCGUUUAUCGAACCCGCUGAUGAAUCGUCGCCGCGCGAGCACUAGCUAUACUGGCGGUGGUAAGACGAGCUUUGUGCGCCGCAUAUGGGGUACCGUCAAUUUGCUUGGUGAGCAGGUUCUGAAGGUGUAUCUGCGCCUGUCACCUUUCCAGAGGAUUCUUGCCCUUGUAGGCGUUGUCGCAGCGGGCGUGCUUGGCAUUCUGGCUAUUAUCUACUCGCAUGUCUUCUUCAAAUGGCUUGAGCCAAAGGCCGAGCAGUGGCGCGCUCUUCCAGGAGGUUGGACUCUGGCCUUUCUGCUGGUCUUCGUCACUUCGUUCCCUCCGAUUGUUGGAUACUCGACCGCGAGCACAAUCGCGGGUUUUGUGUAUGGGUUUCCCUUAGGCUGGCCCAUUGUUGCAUCCGGAUGUACGGCUGGUGCUCUUUGUGCGUUCCUCGCGAGCAGAACUGUUUUAAGCAGCUAUGUUGAUCGCAUGGUUGGUCGGGAUCAUCGCUUUGUCGCUCUUGGUCAAGUGUUGCGCCAGGAGGGAAUUUGGUAUCUUACGGCUAUCCGAUUCUGUCCACUUCCAUUCAGUCUGAGCAAUGGCUUCCUCGCCACUAUUCCCAGCAUUACACCUCUGGCGUUUACCAUUUCCACAGCAUUGUCAAGCCCCAAACUGCUCGUCCACGUUUUCAUCGGCAGUCGUCUUGCUCUGCUAGCUGAGAAGGGCGAUAAAAUGUCCGCUGGUAGCAAAGCCAUUAAUUAUUUAAGCAUGAUUUUGGGUGCUGCCGUCGGUCUUAUUGUUGGGCUUAUCAUUUACCGUCGUACUAUGGCUCGUGCCGAAGAGCUCGCGCGUCAAGAAGGCCUUGAGCCUACAGAUCUAUCAGCUGAAGAGGGCGAGGCCGGCUAUGCAGACUCUGGAAACACAAUGCUCAUGGAUCCUGAAGAUGCAGCCGUGUUAAUGUCGGACGAUGAUAUUUCACUGUGGGGUAGAGAUGGUACAGACAGCAGAUAUCACGAUGAUGAUGAUGAUGAUGAUGAAGAGGAUGAGGGAAACACCAAUAAGAGGAGGGACCGAAGGGUAUGA